AUGGACGGGAAGGCAAGACUGGGCGUCCGGAAUUGGGAUUUCUCCGGUCAGCAGCAGCCGCCAAGGAAUGUAGACCCGGCGCUCAAGCAGCCCUCUCCGGAUGCCGCACCACCUCACCAGCAAUCUGCCGCCGCCGCUGCUGCUGCUGCCCAACACGCUGCCUUCCUGAAGAUGAGUGCCUACCCAGACCGCCACUCCGUCCUCGCCGAGACCAACUACGGCCCCAUGGAUUUUGGGUGGGUUCCCCAGAGGAACUUUCUGGCAGCACCGCCCAAGUCUGACCUCAACUCCUCCCCCGGUGGCCAAGUCAACCUGGAGAUGGCCGCCGCCGCCGCCCCGGCAGCACCACCGCCCGGUGCCACCAGCAAGGCUGCCAAGAAGCAGAAGAAAGCUGGCCGUGUGGCGACAAAGAUCCUCCAGCCGAAGCCACCGAAGAAGCCACCACCGCCGCCAAGAAAGAAGGCGGCAGGUUCGGGCUCGGCAGCAGGGAAGCGCGAGAAGAAGAACCCAGAGAUCGCCUUGGAGGGUAUCACCUUUGACUUCUCCGGCGUGCCGUCCCCGGUUUGCUCGUGCACUGGUGUGCCACGGCAGUGCUACCGGUGGGGCGCCGCUGGGUGGCAAUCGUCGUGCUGCACCACCAACAUCUCAGAGUACCCGCUGCCGAUGAGCACCUUAAGGCCUGGGGCGCGACUUGCAGGGAGGAAGAUGAGCAUCAAUGCGUAUGGAAAGCUGCUCCAGAGGCUGGCUGUCGAGGGGUACGACUUAUCUACCCCCGUUGACCUCAAGCCCCACUGGGCCCGCCAUGGAACCAACAAGUUCGUCACCAUCAGGUAG